AUGGAAUCAAUUCUUAAAAGUACUUUAAAGUGCCACAUUUUUAAAAACUUCUUUGAUAAUUUUAGUUGCGUGAGAUGUAUAUUCAGAGCAUUGAAAAUUAAUUAGUAUGAAGUUUACUAAAACAAACAACAAUUUUAAGAAUUGCUUGAAAAUGUAAGCAAAAAGUUAGAGAUUUAAAGUUUAUCCACUCAUUAUAAUCAUGACUGGAUCAUUAGAACUGGUGGUAAUAAUCACUACUGCAGGAUAUGCAUGGGAAUUUUGCAAAAUAUAGAUCAUUAAGAAAAUGUAGAUAAAAUAGCAGCACAAAUUAAAGAACAAGAUUUUGAAUAUUAGUCUUUCAAAUUUUUUAUUAAAGUUCCUCUCUGCACAUAGAUUAGAUUAGCUAACUUUUUAUACCACACUGAAGACCUCUUUGAAAAGUAGAGUCUCUAGUUUCCUGCAGAAGAAUAAGAAGAAUUCGCUAAAUAAAUUCUUCAAUGGAGAGAAAAUUAUAUAGAUAUUAAAACUGUUUAUAAGUGGAUUUUGCCAGACUUACUUAGUGAGAAAUUAGGAGUACCUGCUACAUCAUCAGUUGAUUGUCCUUUUGUUGUUAACUUUUAAAUUAGAGCAGAUGAUGAUGAUCGUCUCUAAUUCUCUUACUUUUCAGACCAUCUUAGUUAACUUAACAAGUAAUAUGAAGAAAAGAAGAAGAAAAAACUAAAGGGUAACUUUGAUGAAGAAAUCAUCCUUCCUAGAGUUGAACCCACAGCCCUUAAUUUAGAGAGAAUAUCUGCUCUACCUAGAAGUUAAUUCUUCAAAGUUAUAAGAAAUGGCUAGCUUCCAGAUCCAGUAACAAGUCCUGCAUAAAUUGACGUCUCUCUAUCCCAUGCUAGCAUAUAUAUUAUGGGUAAUUAUUGCAAGUAUUCUAGAUACAUGAGCUAAACUCCCUGGUUCAUUGAUGGAGUUAAGCUUUAUGACACAUCAAUACAAGAAGAAAUUGCUAAUGAUAUCCUCCCAAAUUUCAAAUGUGAUGACUAUAAAUUUUCUACUGGUGGCAGAGAAGAUAUUGAUGUAAGAAUGUUAGGUAAUGGUAGACCUUUUGUUAUUGAAAUUUAAAAUCCAAGAAGAGUUCACUCAGUUUCUGAUGAAGAUCUUAAGAAUUAUGAAGCACAUUUAAAUAAUGUGAAGACUGAAUGCAAGGUUAAUUCUUUAAAGUUUACAGAUGUAAAAUGCUUUGAAGUUUUAAAGUAAAGUGAAUAAGAAAAAAUUAAAUCAUAUGCUUGCGUUGUUUAGACUAAAGAUCCAAUCACUUAAGAAUAAAUAGAUAAGCUCAAUAACAUGAAUGAAAUAGAAUUAAAGCAGAAAACUCCAAUUAGAGUACUUCAUAGAAGAACUCAAAUGAUUAGAACAAAAUACAUUCAUAAAUUAAAAGCGUACCUCCUUAGCGAGAGACAUUUUGUCCUUUAUGUAUUAAGUAGUGCAGGUACUUAUAUUAAAGAAUUUGUUCAUGGGGACUUGGAAAGAACUACACCAAAUGUUGGAUCCAUAUUAGGAACUGAAGCUGAUAUUUUCUAAUUAGAUGUAAUUUAGCUAUAUCCUAAGCUCUGCGAAGAAUCUUUAAAGGAUUUCGAUGAAACAUGCAAAGUACCCAGCUAAAUCGUUGAAUGGUAGUGA